AUGGCGGCCGUGCGCGUUGCCCCACGCCUUCGCUCCAUUCCCCUCCUGCUCCCCGCGGCCGCAGUCCACCGGAGCUACUCCUGCCGAAGCUCGGCCGCCGCCGUCGACUCCGCGCGCGCCAUGUCGUCAUCCUCCUCCACGUCGUCGGCCCCCUCUCCGUACACGACGCUCGUGGGGCGCGUCCGCUGCGAGCGCGAGAUCAAGCGCAGCAAGUUCAUCGCAAUCGCCGCAUCCGUCCCCAACGAGCGCGCCGCCAUGUCCUUCCUCAACGAGGUCAAGGAUCCGCGUGCCACCCAUAAUUGCUGGGCAUAUAAGGUGGGAGAGCAACUCCGUUUCAACGAUGACGGCGAACCUUCAAGCACAGCUGGGAAGCCAAUAUACUCUGCCAUCGUUUCGUCUGGCCUUGAUAGGGUCAUGGUAGUUGUAAUUAGAUACUUCGGAGGCAUAAAAUUGGGAACCGGCGGACUGGUGAGAGCUUAUGGUGGGACUGCUUCUGAAUGCCUUAAAGAUGCUCCUACUUGUCUUGUGAAACCCAAGGCUCAUGUGGGCAUGGAAGUACCAUUUGAUCUCUUGGGCACAGUCUAUCAUCAGCUGCAGCAUUUCCAAGCUGAAGAUAUUAAACAAGACUAUGACACCGGCAAAGAUGGUACAGUUGUCGUCAUGUUCAAAGUGGAAUAUGAAAAAAUUGAGAGUCUAGGAAGCGCAGUGAAUUCAGCUUGCAGCAGGAAAAUUGAACUAUUACUGUAAGCGGCAAGGAGGGGAUACGAUAAUUGUUCAGCUCGUGCUUGCAGCUAGUACAGCUUCAGUUUGUUGAGGGCACCAGAAGUUUUCACUCCCUAGUCUGACAGCAAUUCCAGAUCCAUACUGUAGUGUCAUAUAUAAGCUGCAAGUGCUACUUCAAAGAGGUGAUUGUUCAUCUCCCAACAGUAUAGAAAUAGUAGCUUCACAUGAUGUAUCUAUCACUUACUUCAAUGCGUCAGCUUUGAUGGAUAGUCAUUCUUUCGCAUUUUAUAGUUCGAUGCCUUGUUAUUUUUCCCUUUACUGUUCUCAUGAUCUGGACAUCCAGGAGUGUUGGGUUGCAUUGUUGCGCUUGUUUGAUGUUUUAUUAUUUCUCAUAUGAGUCCCAGAGGAUUAGUUCAGAUACAUUGAAGCUUACAUGUAGCUAUACUUGCUGUGUAAGCAGUAGCACGUCUUGGUA